AUGACAUCAGAGACUGAUUUACUUUCGAAUACUGACCUCGCCGAAGAGAUCGAAGCUAUCAAUGCGAUUUACGAACCUGACACCAUCACCGUCCACCGCGCAGCAACAUCAGCAGCCACAGCCAACUCAACACUAGACUUGGGCGGCUCCGGACCCGGCGACUCAUCGAACACUACGGUCAAACUGCAAAUCCCCGAUCAUCCCAAUCUAUCCUUCCUCCUCGGUUUCCAUGCGUCAUACCCGGAUACCCCGCCGAAAAUUCUCGGGACGGCGUCGACCGGUGCACGCGGUGAGGGAAAGAUCGCCGUGGAUGUACUGGAGGAUAUUGUAGGGAGGACAUACCAGCCCGGCGCUGUUUGCCUGUUCGAUGUCAUCAAUGAGGCGGUCGAGGCGUUCCGAGAGCUCAGUUUGGGCGGCAACAACAGCAGCAGCAACACGAACCAGGAGAGCGAGAAGAAGGGAGCAGAAGCAGAGACAAGUGCAGCCCCUGCGCGGGUCGCAGAGGAUAUCGCCACCCUCUCACUGCAAGACGCAUUUGGGCUGGACAGUCUCCCCGACUGGGUGCUGUCGGAUGUGGUGACGGAGAAGAAAUCGGUGUUUGUGGGACGGGCGGCGCAUGUUACCAGUCUGGAGCAGGCUCAGGGGUAUCUGGACCAUCUUCUGGCGACGGAUAAGAAGGUUGCUGCUGCGACGCAUAAUAUCAGCGCUUGGCGUAUUAGACAGCAGAAACCGGCCAAUGGGAAAGGCGAGUCUGCACAGAUGAUUGUGCAGGACUGCGAUGAUGACGGGGAGACGGCUGCUGGUGGGCGAUUGCUCCACCUCAUGCAGUUAAUGGAUGUGUGGGAUGUGAUUGUCGUCGUAUCGCGAUGGUACGGUGGGAUUCUCCUUGGGCCGGACCGGUUUCGAAUCAUCAACGCCGUCGGUCGGGAUGCGUUGAUCAAGGGUGGGUUCGUCAAGGAGUCUACAGGGGCUGCUGAAAAGGGUCGAAAGAAAGGGAAGAAAUGA